GGGGCGCAGUGAGCGGGAUGGAGCUGGGUGCGAGGUUGGCGGUGGGGCUGGAGAGCGUGAGCCAGCGCCAGCUGGAGGGCUGGGUGGCCGCCCAUCUGCAGCCCAGUCCGGAAUUCAGCGCGGCGGUGAGGCAGACGGUGAAGGACAUCUGCGACUUCCUCAAGGAGCGCUGCUUCGAGGGCAUCCGCGUACUCAAGACCGUCAAGGGCGGCUCGGCGGGGAAGGGCACGGCGCUGCGCAACAGCUCGGAUGCCGAUGUGGUGCUCUUCGUCAACUGCUUCUCCAGCUACCAGGAGCAGGAAGAGCAGCGGGGCCGCAUCCUCGCCAUCAUCGAGAGGCGGCUCUACGUGUGUCCCCCGGCGUCAUCCAGUGUCAGAAUCAGCACUCCGUGCUACAAGGACAGCCGGGACAGACCGCGCUCCCUCAGCCUCACCCUCUCCUCCUACACCUCCGGCGAGUCCAUCGACGUCGACAUCCUGCCUGCCUACGAUGUGCUGGGGCAGGUGAUUGAGGAUGCCCGCCCAGACCCCGAGGUCUAUGUGAAGCUGUUGGCCACGCGCUGUGGCCCUGGUGAUUUCUCCCCCAGCUUCACAGAACUGCAGAAGAACUUCCUGAAGUGGCGCCCUGCUAAGCUGAAGGACCUGGUGCGCCUGGUCAAGCACUGGUACAAGCAAGUGCUGAAGCCGCAGUACCCCAACGCUAAGCUGCCCCCCAAGUAUGCGCUGGAGCUGCUGACCAUCUAUGCCUGGGAGGAGGGCACAGGCAGGGAGGACUUCAGCAUGGCCGAGGGCUUCUGCACUGUGCUGGAGCUGCUUGGCCGGUACCAGGACAUCUGUAUUUACUGGGAGAAGUACUAUUCCCUGCAGGAUGAAAGGAUCGGUGCCUACCUGAAGAAGCAGCUGUGCCAGCCCCGCCCUGUCAUUCUGGAUCCUGCUGACCCCACUGGUAUCCUGGGCCAAGACAAGAGCUGGGACUUGGUGGCCAAGGAAGCUGCCCGGAGCCGUCAUUCACUGCCCUGCGUCAGUGCUACCCGCUCCUGGGAUGUGCAGCCUGCCCGAUCUGUGACGGUGCAAGUGAAGCAGUUGCAGGGCAUCAGCCUGAGCAGGAAAGUCAGACCCAGCACCCAAGUCUGGGAGCUGAAGGGGGAGAUAGAGAAGGAGUGGGGCAUCCCCCGCUACCAGCAGCGCCUGGCCCUGCAGCAGAACUUCAGCAACUGCCCCAGUGUGCUGCAGGACGGGGACAGCCUGGCCAGCCACGGCCUCUUCUACGACGUCACGUUGCUGCUCUCUUUGUCAGCCAAAAAUACUCAACCCACCAGGGAAGGCGAGCUGGGACCCACUGUGCUGCAGCCCCUCCGCAUCCCCCCUGGUGCCAAGGGUGUGUGUGGGGAUGGGAUGGGGCUCGAGCUGCCCCGUUGGCUCGGGCUGAGGGUAAAUGUCUGGAAGCACGAGCACAAAUCAGGUUUGGGGCAGCAGGAGUGGCAAGGGAUGGAGGAUGUUGGGACGGGAUGGAGGACGUAG